AUGGCCACUUCAAGUGGGUCUAUGGUACAACCCAUGCCACCUUUUGAUCCGGACAACGAAAUUGGAACAAAUCUCGCUCCAAAACGGAAGAUAUGGAUAGAAGAUUUUCAGAUGUAUCUAGUCGCAACGGGCAUAACUGACAAGGAACGACAACGUGCAUUGCUUUUGUAUCAAGCUGGCGCGCGGGUUCGUGAAAUAUUUCGCCAGCUCUCGAACACUGGGGAUGAUUUGGAAACAGCAGUGGCAAAGUUGAACGAAUACUUUGAACCCCAAAAGCAUCGCCUUUAUGAGGUAUACAAAUUUCGCCAAGCCGCUCAAGAGAACAAUGUAUCAAUUGAUCAAUACCAGACUCGGUUGCGAAGCCUAGCCGAACGAUGCCAGUUUGAGAAUAUGGACUUUGAAAUUAUGCUACAAAUUGUCCUAAAAGGAUCAUCAAGCCGACUUCGAAAGCAAGCGUUACGGGACCCUAAAAUGACGCUCAAAGAUUCACUGAUCGCCGGUAGGCAGAUAGAAAUGAGUAACUUUCAAGUGGCCGACAUUGAACAAAAACAACUUGAACGGCAGGAACUAAACGUUCUACGGAAAACACGCGUCAACAGCCUUCCAAAGGCACUUGUCGAAAUUGUGGCGGAGAAUGGCCACACGAGAAGGGCAAUUGUCCUGCUCGUGGCAAAGAAUGCAGAAAGUGUGGCAAGAUGA